UGAGGCGCUGGGGGAGGACUCCCGGUGGCAGCCCAACUGAGGUGCCGGUGCCUGCGCCUCGGGCAGCCAGAGAGAAGGAUGAAGCCGCAGCCGGAGCAGCCCCCUUAUGAUUGGCUGUGGCGGUUGUAAGCCCGGAGUAAAGAUGGCGGGCGGGCCGGUGGCCGCCGCACUGCCCACUUGGAAGAUGGCGGCGCGCCGCAGCCCCAGUGCCCACGGCCGGGAGGUCUUGCGGGUGGUGGCGGGGCUGCUGCUGGUGCUGAGCUGCUGCUGCGGUAGGGGCAGCUGCGCGGGGGGCGGCGAGGCUGAGGAGACGGUGAUCAUCGGGCUGAGGCUGGAAGACACGAACGACGUGUCGUUCAUGGAAGGGGGGGCGCUGCGGGUGAGCGAGCGAACCCGGGUCAAGUUGCGGGUCUACGGGCAGAACAUCAACAACGAGACCUGGUCUCGCAUCGCCUUCACCGAAGAGAAGCGGGAGCAGCAGAGCCAAGGGGAGAGGAGGGCUGGGGGCUCCCUGCAGCCGGAGCCAGAGAGCGGCCCCCAGCGCUGCGGCAUCCGCACCUCGGACAUCAUCGUUCAGCCCCACAUCACCCUCAAUCGCCGCACGUCGGGCAUCAUCGAGAUCGAAAUCAAGCCUCUGCGCAAGACGGAGAAGAGCAAAUCCUACUACCUGUGCACAUCGCUCUCCACCCCGCCCGUGGCGGCCAGCGACCCUGGCUCGGCGGGCAGCCCAGUGGGGGGCAAAGGCGGCCGCGGUGUAGCCGGGCUCCCCCCGCCCCCGUGGGCAGAGACCACCUGGAUCUACCACGAUGGCGAGGACACGAAGAUGAUCGUGGGGGAGGAGAAGAAGUUCUUGUUACCUUUCUGGCUGCAGGUGAUCUUCAUCUCGCUGUUGCUCUGCCUCUCCGGGAUGUUCAGCGGCCUCAACCUGGGACUGAUGGCGCUGGACCCCAUGGAGCUGCGUAUCGUGCAGAACUGCGGCACGGAGAAGGAGAAGAAUUACGCCAAGCGCAUCGAGCCCGUGCGCAGGCAAGGCAACUACCUGCUGUGCUCCCUGCUGCUGGGCAACGUGCUGGUCAACACUACCCUCACCAUCCUGCUGGACGACAUCGCUGGCUCCGGCCUGGUGGCCGUGGUGGUUUCCACCAUUGGCAUAGUCAUCUUUGGGGAGAUUGUGCCCCAGGCCAUCUGUUCCCGGCACGGCCUGGCAGUAGGCGCCAACACCAUCUUCCUCACUAAGUUUUUCAUGAUGAUGACCUUUCCUGCCUCCUACCCGGUCAGCAAGCUGCUGGACUGCGUCCUGGGCCAGGAGAUCGGCACAGUCUACAACCGCGAGAAGCUGCUAGAGAUGCUUCGCGUCACCGACCCCUACAACGACCUCGUCAAGGAGGAGCUCAACAUCAUUCAAGGAGCGCUGGAGCUCCGCACCAAGACGGUGGAGGACGUGAUGACUCCACUUCGGGACUGCUUCAUGAUCACUGGAGAGGCAAUCUUGGAUUUCAACACGAUGUCAGAGAUCAUGGAGAGCGGGUACACUCGCAUCCCCGUCUUCGAAGGGGAGCGCUCCAACAUUGUAGACCUUCUCUUUGUCAAGGACUUGGCUUUCGUUGAUCCGGAUGACUCCACUCCGUUGAAAACCAUUACGAAGUUUUACAAUCAUCCUUUGCAUUUUGUUUUCAAUGACACUAAGCUGGACGCCAUGCUGGAAGAGUUUAAGAAAGGUAAAUCUCACCUGGCCAUAGUGCAACGGGUAAACAAUGAGGGAGAAGGGGAUCCUUUCUAUGAAGUGCUGGGAAUUGUCACUUUGGAAGAUGUGAUUGAAGAAAUCAUCAAAUCGGAGAUCCUAGAUGAAACAGAUUUGUACACUGAUAAUAGGACUAAAAAGAAAGUGGCCCAUCGGGAAAGGAAGCAGGAUUUCUCUGCCUUCAAGCAGACAGACAGUGAGAUGAAGGUUAAAAUAUCACCACAGCUGCUCCUGGCAAUGCACCGUUUCCUAGCAACAGAAGUAGAAGCAUUUAGCCCGUCCCAGAUGUCAGAGAAGAUCCUUCUAAGGCUGCUAAAACAUCCCAAUGUCAUCCAGGAGCUGAAGUAUGAUGAGAAGAACAAGAAAGCCCCAGAAUACUACCUCUACCAGCGAAACAAACCUGUAGACUACUUCGUUCUCAUUUUGCAGGGGAAAGUGGAAGUUGAAGCUGGGAAAGAAGGGAUGAAGUUUGAAGCGAGUGCUUUUUCCUACUACGGCGUGAUGGCGCUCACGGCGGCUCCAGUUCCUUUGUCCCUGUCUCGUACCUUUGUUGUCAACAGAACAGAGUUGUUAGCAGCAGGUUCUCCAGCCGAGAACAAGUCACCUCCUCGUCCGUGCGGCUUGAAUCAUUCUGAUUCUCUCAGUAGAAGUGACCGGAUUGAUGCUGUGACCCCAACUCUAGGGAAUAGCAACAAUCAGCUUAAUUCAUCUUUUCUUCAAGUGUACGUUCCUGAUUACUCAGUGAGAGCCCUCUCAGACAUUCAGUUUGUGAAGAUCACAAGACAGCAGUACCAAAAUGCUUUGAUGGCAUCCCGGAUGGACAAAACUCCUCAGUCUUCAGACAGUGAAAACACUAAAAUUGAACUGACUCUUACGGAGCUGCAUGAUGGGUUGCCAGAUGAAACGGCUAACCUGCUCAAUGAACAGAAUUGUGUGACUCACAGUAAGGCCAAUCACAGUCUACAUAGUGAAGGCGCCAUCUAGGACUUCUUCCCCAUCCCUCUCGCCCUGGAUUGUCAUGGUCUGAAGCAGUGUUCUGCCGCGUCGCUGCUCUCCUCGGUCUCCCUAGCAGGACCCCUCUGGCCCUUCUCCCCGUCUGACCGCAAGCCCCAUUAGUAUGUGCUCCUACGCCAUGCUGCCUCCUGCACCAUUCUGAGACCAAAGACUUUGUGCCCUUCCUGGGAACAGCAGAGGGAGCGAUGCAAGGGAUGGCGCGGGAGGCAAAGACCCAGAGCCCCCCGCCAGAAACAGCGAGCUGGAUUCCAGACACGUGCUUCCUCCUGCUCCAAUAGAAUCAUGUUUAUUUUUCCGGCCAGACCUUUUAUCCUGGUUCAUUUGCCUCCUUCUUAGAUAAGCAUGAAGAAGUUUAAAAUUGUUGCAAUUUAUUUUUUCAAGAGAUCAUGUUUUUAAAAGUCUUUUGCAGAGUUUUAAAUUGUUCUUGUUCCGUCUGAACUCUGCCGUGAUCCCAUGAACUGAUCCUGAUUUGGUGGAUUUUGCCCCUCCGCCCCCAUGGUCUCUGGUUUUUCCCAGCAGCCUCCUGGAUAGGCAGCACCAUCAUUCAUGGGAGUCCCUCUCUACCCUGAAGGACACAGUGAAGAAAGCUGGGGUCGAUGUAAGCGCCACAGGACCUACCAAGCUCGCUCUUAUUUGGGAGAGGUUCAGAGAGCAGUCUGCUGACCACGGGGGAUGUGACACUUAGCGGGCCUCUUUCCCUCAGGAAGUCUUAGAAUUUGAUUUGAAAAUGUGGUUUUGUUCCCACACCGGGGAAUUUUAACAACAAAAUAUGUUUUAUUGAAUUUUAAACUUGUUGGAUAAUAGAACAAUGGGCCUGGGGAAUAUUCAGCCUCUCCGACUGGUGUUUGGCCUAAGCAGGGAUCUCAGGUUCAGGUCAGCCUUCCUCCCAACCCUGGGGCAUCCCUUCUCUGCAGGAGAAGGGAGAGGACAAGGAGACCACCCACCCGUUCCUCAGCUUUAAAGAGCUCUAAUUCCAGUUCCCCAAACCUCAUUGUUGUUCAUCCAAGAUGCUGCUAUACUGAUGCCAAAAGGAAAUCUUUUCUGGGGCUUUUCAAAAGAAAUAUGAGAUGGACUCCAAGGCUCCUCCCUCCACAUUGAAAUCUAAUGGUCUGAGAAGGCAUUUCCACUUCAGGUUGUGUUCUUCAAGAUGCAGUAUUCGAGCCUCGGUUUCUGAGGGGGUGGGGACUCACUGGGGACCUUUCAGGGAAACGGCUCUUCGGUUUUCCCUUCUUUCCCUCUUCUUGUUCUUUUAGAUGUCGUUUGGUGGCCAGGUUGUGGAGAGCCACCAGCACUCCAGGCAGCACUGCCAUCUUUGUUGGGGGGUCUGCAGAGCUGGGGGGCAGGACAGGCUGGGCCCCGUAUGGGCUUCCAGAAACCAAAUAUGUGUUAU